AUGACAAAUCUCCCCAUCGACAACCCGCCUACUUUAAGUUCCCGUUCAGACGUUCCCAGUGACGAGGACAUAGGGUUCAACGACCCCUGGAAUAUCGUAUUUGUCAAUAUGGAGGCUGAGGGCCUUCCUGAACGAUUCAAGGAACGUCAGACGGAGCUAGAGACGAUGCUCCUGUUGACUCACCAGCUUGUCACCAUUCACUGUGGUAUUCAGGUAAAAAAUAGAAAAGCAGAAGGGCAGCUGCCAGCCGAUGGCAGCGGUGCAUCUCAAUGGGAACGCGCUGCAUACCGAGUCAAGGUUUUGAAAACUUACUUCCAGAACGGCAUUUACCCAUGGCUUGUCUACUCCGGGCAACACAAUACGGCUGAACAGAUCGUUACGGAGAGAAACCAGUUUCACUGGCGAUUGCUCGCAAACAUGCUCAGUGGGAUUACAGUUCCCCGACCGGUCGCGACGUCGCUCGAAGUUGUCUUCCAGAGAGUUUCUAGUACUAUUAAAGAGACAGAAAACGCCCCUAGUAGCCAGCCCUUCUUGGGUCUGAUUCAAGCCAUUACAUAUGAUGAAGUACGGGAUAAUUUACAUGCCUGGACCGCUAAUCUAACACAGAACUAA